CCCGGGAAACGACUCUGCGCCAUCUGCGGGGAUCGAUCCUCAGGCAAGCACUACGGCGUGUACAGCUGCGAGGGCUGUAAGGGUUUCUUUAAACGCACCAUCCGUAAGGAUUUGAGCUACAGCUGCCGCGACAACCGCGACUGCGUGGUGGACAAACGGCAACGCAACCGCUGCCAGUACUGCCGCUACCAGAAGUGCCUGGCCAGCGGCAUGAGGAGGGAAGGUAAGGACCAAAAAAUGCCUUUUGCAGCCCAAAAAUGGACUUUUUGAGCCCAAAUUCGGAUUCUAGACCCCCAAAUUACCCCAAAAAGCCCCUUUUUGACCCCAAAAAGCCCCUUUCUGACCCCAAAAACAGACUUUUUGAGCCCAAA